AUGGAUUUGUUGGCGUGGGGUGACAAAGAAGCGGAAAUUGAAGGUGGUGGAGAAGAAAAAAUCGAUAUUGACAAUGCUGGUGGUGAAAUUUAUGGUGACUAUAUUGAUUUUCAUGGUGAAAUAUAUAUAUUUGGUAGUAAUAUGGCGGCAAUGGUAGUGGUUUCAUGGUGGUGUUCAGUGAAGAAGAAACAAUUGAAUGAUAUGGAGAAUGAAGCCUUAACUGAUCCUUGGUGGAAAUCAACUAUAGAUGAAGAGAUGAAAUCCUUGAAAAAAAAUGAUACAUGGGAAUUUAUUGAUUGUCCACCGGGAAAGAAAACAGUUGGAUGUCGAUGGGUGUAUACAGUAAAGUACAAAUCAGAUGAUAUGAUAGAACGAUUCAAAGCGAGAUUGGUGGCUAAGGGAUAUACUCAGACCUUUGGAAUCAACUAUACCGAAACAUUUCCACCUGUUGCAAAAAUCAACACAGUCUGA